AUGGAUUGUGAGGGCUCACUGGAUUACAAGGCUCUCUACUUCGAAGCCAAGGCAGAACUGGACAGAGAGAGGGAAAGAACCAGGAAAGCAGAGGAACGCGCUGAUAUGUGCUUGAAAAUGGCUAAAAAUGUCAAGAAGCACAAACAAGAGAAUUUGAUGCAUGGUGGAGAAGUCAAGAAGCACGAGACAGAACUUAUGCAAGGAAAAAUAGUAAAUGAGCAACAGCUGAAAGAAGAUGGAGGACAUCAAGAGUCUGAUGAAUCACAGAAACAGGAAGUGGAGGAACAGUGGCCCAAGCUGUGUCUCCCCAACCUCAGCGCUUCGUUUGAUCAAGGCAACUUAUUGGGCAUUCAAACGUCUGGAAGGUUGAGUCACUCUAGACUGAUCGAACAGAAACUUCUAUUCCUGAUAUGCGGGUUUUGCCAGGCAGAAUCCUUUAUGACUCUUCCUAGUAUCAUGAACUCGUCCAAAGAUCGCUAUAUGCCUGACGCUGAAGACGGGAUGCAUGGGAGAAGUCUGGACAAACAGUGUCCGAACGUAGCGCUGCACCGGCUAGGUGCAAAUGACGACCAUCACCAGAUUCUUCCUGAAACGUUGGUCCGGAAAAUCGAGAAGCAGCUCAAUAAAGAAUUUGACCAUGGAUGCACGCCCAUCGGUGGCUGUGCGUCAACCGGCUCACUAUUUAAGAUUACAUCUUCGACACUUGGGUAUACUGUGGUUGGCAAAGGAGCCUCAUCUGAGCUUUGGAAGGAAAAGGUCUCUCAUGAAGCAGACAUUUACCGCAUACUUCAUCAAGCACAGGGAUCUGCAGUCCCUGUUGUCCUUGGGACAGUUGAUUUGAGAAUGGCCCACUUCUCAAAUGGAACCGAGAUCAACCACAUGCUCCUCAUGGCUUGGGCAGGAGAGCAGAUCGAUAAUUGCGAGGACAAGUCCUUUAAACGCGAAGUCAAAAGAUCUGAAAAGGAGAUCCGCUCUCUGGGGGUCAUACAUCAUAAUAUCCAGCCCCAGAACGCGUUGUGGAACCCCGAGCUACGCCGGGCGUUGAUUAUUGACUUUGAUUGUUCGCAACUCGAUUCACUUCCAAUCGAAAAGCGGCAACUCUUGAUGGGGAAGAAAAUCCGCGACCCCUACGGCCGCAAGCGACCAUCUUCAGUUCCACUCGAGUAAAAAGUUAUAUUUCAGCCUGAUUUCUCUCACAAUUGCUGCCUGGCAAGAAUCCGCGGGUUUUCCCGAGCCGUUUGGCGAUGGCGCGUGGUGUACCGUUUUUAUAGACGCAGCUGAUGUGUGCUGCCUUUCCCUCUGCCAGAUAUUUUGUUCUGCACUAGCUGAGGAACUCAUAAAGUAUCAAAUUCAAUUUCUAGAGAGGCGAAAUUGAAAGGUUCUGUGCAUGAGCGACUCUUCUUGAGCUUCUGAGCGUGCAUAUUCCUGCAGAUAUCUUGAGAAAUCGGAGUAACAAUCGACCUGUAUAGAUGUGACCAAGAUCAGCCGAUACCGAUUGUCUCAAGAUUAAAACACAACUCC